AUGACUAUAUCAGCGACUGAGUACAGCGCGACUCCCUUAUGGUUGGACUGCGACCCAGGCCAUGAUGACGCUUUUGCUAUUUUGAUAGCCGCUCAUCAUCCCAGUCUGCAUCUUCUCGGCAUCAGUACUAUACAUGGAAACGCAUCUCUAGAGAACACAACUGCCAAUGCAGGCAGUAUCUUGACGGCUAUUGGCAAGCCCGAUAUUCCUGUCUAUCCUGGUAGUCAGAAACCGUUCUCGCGGCCAGCCCUUCAUGCGCCUGAUAUUCAUGGCGAAUCGGGACUUGACGGUACCGACCUUCUUCCCAAGCCUGCCACACCACCUAUUUCCGAUAGAAACACUAUCCUGGCUAUGCGAGAUACCUUACUGGCACAGCCAAAAGGCGUCCCCUGGUUAGUUGCCACAGGAACUCUGACCAAUGUAGCUUUGCUCUUUGCAACGUUCCCCGAAGUUGCCGAGCAUAUUGCGGGGCUGAGCCUCAUGGGAGGUGCUAUCGGCGAAGGGUUCACCGAUGCUCCCAUGAGUCGACUUCCUGGUGAACAGUCCAGAAUCGGAAACGUAACUCCUUGGGCUGAGUUCAAUCUUUAUGUUCGUCUUCAAACUAUUUCAUAUUGUGAUGCUAUAUCUAACUCGGGAAAUUAUCAGUGCGAUCCAGAGUCAUCGCAGUCAAUCUUCAGCAACCCAAUUGUUGCUGCGAAGACUACAAUCAUUGCUUUAGAUCUAACACAUCAGGUCCUGGCCUCACAGGCUGUCCAAACCCGCAUCCUGCAUGGUUCGAUCCAUUCAGACCAGGAACCAACCGUCCUUCGACAGAUAUUGCAUGCCCUUCUGACCUUCUUUGCUGCAACUUAUGAAAAGGCGUUUGGGCUAACUACUGGCCCUCCUUUGCAUGAUCCCCUGGCCGUGGCAGUGAUUUUGUCGACCUUGAACCCGGCGUUUGCCACUCAGCAUCCCAACCAGACUCUUAAGUUUGACGACAAGAAUGGAGAACGAUUCGCUCUCCAUAUUGUUACAGACGGACAUCAUGGCGAAGAUGUCUCAGUCACAGGGCAUAUGGGGCGAUCUAUAGCUACUCCAGUGGACGGUCCCGGCGUUGCAAUUCCCAGAGGUGUUGACUUGGAGGCGUUCUGGAACAUGAUCUUGCAAUGUGUCCAGCUAGCCGAUGACUGCAAUGCCGCGAGCGUUGCUUGA